UUGUCGUGUGUCAGUGGCGGCUCUCAGGCAGUUUGACUGUGGUCCUCUCAGCGGCUGUCAGGCUCCAUUCCUCCUCACAGCCUCAGGGAGCAGCGUUCUACCCGCAGCAUGGCAUCAGAAGAGCUGGCUCGGAAGUUGCAGUCGCGGCUCGCCGCUACGCAGGAGGCAGAGUCGAGGCCGGAGGCCGAGGGGGGCUCGCUGAGACCCCAACCCCGGGAGCCCGAGGCCGCCUGCGGCGAUUCGUCCUCCGAGCUGUCCGCGAAACUGACCCGCAGGCUGGACAUCAACGAGGGCAACGCCGCCCCUCGACCGACCCGCGUCUUCAACCCCUACACGGAGUUCAAGGAGUUCUCCCGCAAACAGAUCAAGGACAUGGAGGCGAUGUUCAGGCGGUACGACACUGGGAGAGACGGUUUCAUCGAUCUGAUGGAGCUGAAGCUGAUGAUGGAGAAGCUGGGAGCUCCUCAGACUCACCUGGGCCUCAAGAACAUGAUCCGAGAGGUGGACGAAGACUUUGAUGGAAAACUGAGCUUCAGAGAGUUCCUGUUGAUAUUCCGUAGAGCAGCAGCUGGAGAGCUGCAGGAGGAGAGUGGUCUGAUGGCUCUGGCCCGACUGUCAGAGAUCAAUGUCUCCACGGAGGGGGUGAUGGGGGCCAAGGACUUCUUUGAAGCCAAGGUUCAGGCUCUGUCAGUCGGCAGCAAGUUUGAGGCUGAGAUCCGAGAGGAGAAGGAAGAACGAAAGAGACAGGAUGUGGAGAAGAAGCAGAGGCAGGCUGCCUUCAAGCAGCUGCAGUCCACCUUCUGCUCCUGACCCUCCACAGUCCAGACCAGAGUCCAGACCUGCAGCGUCAGAGUCACAGGACACUCACACUUUUACCAGUGUCUCUGACACUUUAUAACAUAGAUGACAGCUGAGGAGACUCAUUCAUCCAGAACCGUGAUCCAGAUCAUCACAUGUUCAGUGUGUGUGUGUGUGUGUGUGUGUGUGUGUGUGUGUGUGUGUGUGUGUGUGUGUGUGUGUGUGUGUGUCUCCAACAUGUCUGAACCUGUUCAUGUUGUCAAGUUUGAAGGUCAUGUGACACAUGACCUUGUUUCCUCCUAUUACAUCUACAACCUGCAACAGUGUAGUGAUAGAUCAUAGUGUAAAUAACUGUAACUACAGUAUGAUGAUAACAAUGAUAAUAACAAUGAUAAUAAUAAUAAUAAUAAUAAUAAUAAGUGUUAACUUCACAUUUGUUGGUGGCAGAUGGAGACUACUGACUGUGACUCUGAUGAUUGACAGUCACCAGCUCAGACUGGGAUUGGCUGUCAUGAACAGUGUAAAGCGUACGACAACCCCACUACAGCUCAACUUUUAAAGGAACAGUUCAACAUUUUUGGAAAUAUGUUUAUUACCAGCCAUGACAACACGGCUGGACUCAGUCUCAUGUCUGACUUGAGUUCAGAUCUGCACUCAGGAUUUAGUUAGCCUAGCUUAGCAUUAAGACAGGAAGCAGGGAAACAGCCCCCAGCCCCUGUGAAGCGCCCUCACACUCUUCUUUGUAUCUUGUUUGUGUGCAGAUGAAACAGUUAAAACACUUGCACACUGACCUAAAGUCUGAUCAACCUCUCUGUCUCUCUGCGCUGUGGAUGAAUCGUUGUUGUAUCUGACCCGAACACAAACCGAUGCUUCUACAUCUGUGUGUUUAAAGGUGUUUAUAGGUGUGAACGUGUCACAUGCAUCUUUACAGGUGUUUGAACAGGUGUCUGUAUGCUAAGCUAGACUAACCAUGUCCUGACUGCAGCACAUGUUUUUUGAAAAUGUUUAAGUAUUUCUUUAAGAUAAACUUGUUUAACCUGACAGUCUGUCACAGUCAGACUCAGUCACAGUCAGACUCACAGUCAGUCAGACUCAGUCUCAGUUGGACUCAGUCACAGUCAGACUCGGUCUCAGUCAAACUGUGUCAGUCAGACUCAGUCACAGUCAGACUCACAGUCACAGUCAGACUCAGUCUCAGUCAUACUCAGUCACAGUCAGACUCAGUCUCAGUCAGACUCACAGUCACAAUUGGACUGAAUCUCAGUCAGACUCACAGUCAGUCAGACUCAGUCUCAGUCAUGCUCAGUCACAGUCAGACUCAGUCACAGUCGGACUCAGUCACAGUCGGACUCAGUCACAGUCGGACUCAGUCACAGUCGGACUCAGUCUCAGUCGGACUCAGUCUCAGUCGGACUCAGUCACAGUCAGACUCAGUCUCAGUCAGACUCACAGUCAGACUCAGUCUCAGUCAUACUCAGUCACAGUCUGUUGUCAGAUGUAACUGAACUGUAGAAGGAGCCACAGACAGAUCAGUGUGAUUCUGAUCCUGAUCCUGCUUGUGUCAGAGUGUGUCAGCUGUUCACAUACAAAUGAACGGAGUCAGUCAUAUGAAGCUGAGGAUAUUCAUGUGUAACAUGAUCAAAUGAAAGAAGAAUAAUACAGGCAUGAUCAGGUCCAGGUCCUGGAUCAGCUGACAGACUCUGACCUGAGCACUGUUAUUGUUGAGUGUUCAUGUGUCUGCUCCUUUACUUCACCUGUAAUAGUGUUUUUAAGUUGUAGCAUGUAAAAGAAACUACUGUACGUAUCACAGAGUGUCUCUGUUGAGGAAAUGGACAAUGUAUUUUUUCAUGAAUAAAAUAGUCUAUAUUGUUUUAGCAGAGAUUAUAAGUUGCCAAAUACAAAAAAGGUCAGUGAGAUAUAUUUUUGGGCACUUGUAAAGAUAUCGUGUUGUUUUACUCCCUGUUGUUAUGGAAACGUUUGAACUGAUUGAAUUAAAGAAUGAAAUAAAAUGACAUUCAAAAAUACAGAA